GGGCUGGGGCUGGGGCUGGCGAGCACAGACACGGGCGCGGGCUGUUUUGGUGCUGUUUUGGUGGUCGUCUGGGCGAAAGGGCGGUGCGGCAGGACGAGACAGUGGCGUUGCCAGCAGGCUCAACAGGGCAGAGCACAGGGCACAGGCUGCCUGCACUGUACGGGGGCCACAGCACUUGUUAAUAUCCGACCCAACGGGCAUCCCCGGUGGCGGCCCCCUCGCCCCCCGUACUAUGCUGCCUCGUGCUGCCCUCUCAAGUCGCACCGCGCGAAGAAUGUGCUCUUUCGUGCAGAUUACAGUGGGCAACUUUCGUCUGAACAAGGGGGAGAGGGCGUGACAGACCAGGGACGAAUGCUGGCUGCUGGGCCACCACUGCGCUGUAACGUCGCACGCCACAGUGCAGCAGACAGUGUGCGCGACGCCCCAAGCGGCGGAUGGAGGGCUGAGACACGGUGCAAACUCUAGGUAGUCAGGGCGACUGCAUCAACGCUCAGCCGGGGGAGAUGAUUGAUGGCUGAAUGCGUGUUCUCAGCUGUGGUGGUAGAUGCGUUCAUGAAAACUCGAC